AAAGGCAUCUUUCUUGUCACGUUCUUCGCGUGCCUGUACACCCUCAUCUUCAGACGCGAUACGUGCCGCCUGAACGUUCCUAUGGUCGUCACCGCCGUGCUGCUCUUCGUGUGUGCGACGAUGCACAUCGUGACCGACCUCGUGCGCGCGCUCCUCGCCUUCUAUACCUACCGCACUGCUCCCGGCGGUCCUGCCGCGUAUCUGAGCGACAUCAGGCGUGUGACACAUGUCCUCAAAAGUGCUGUAUAUAUUACAGAAACGUGUAUUUCUGAUGCUUUAGUCGUGUGAGU